AUGUCGAUGCUGGCCGAACGUCGUCGGAAGCAGAAGUGGGCUAUAGAUCCAAGAAACACUGCGUGGAGUAAUGAUGAUUCCAAGUUUGGUCAGAAAAUGCUGGAGAAGAUGGGGUGGUCUAAAGGAAAGGGUUUAGGAGCUCAGGAACAAGGAGCCACAGAUCAUAUUAAAGUUCAAGUAAAAAAUAACCACCUGGGACUUGGAGCUACAAUCAAUAAUGAAGACAAUUGGAUUGCUCAUCAAGAUGAUUUUAACCAACUUCUGGCUGAAUUGAACACUUGUCAUGGCCAGGAAAUAGGAGACUCCUCAGAAAAUAAAGAGAAGAAAUCUUUUAGCCUUGAAGAAAAGUCCAAAGUUUCAAAAAACCGUGUUCAUUACAUGAAGUUUACAAAAGGGAAGGACCUAUCAUCUCGGAGUAAAACAGAUCUUGAUUGUAUUUUUGGGAAAAGACAGAAGACGAAGACUCUUGAGGAUGAAUCCAGCCCCACUCCUGUGGAAGAGAAUGAAACUACCACCACCAGUACCUUAACCAUCCAGGAAUAUUUUGCCAAGAGGAUGGCAGAGCUGAAGAACAAGCCACAAAUCGCAGAGAUAGAUGCUGACCAUUCAGAUAACCAGACUGAAUGGAAAAGGGGAAAGAAAAGAAACAAAGAAACAGAAGAUGAAAAUGUGGACAAUAACACCCAACCCAAGAUCAAGCAGCCUAAAAAGGAAAAGCUUUGGGAACAAGAUGAGCACCCCAAGUGUGAGGCCAAAAAGAAAAGAGACCAAGUGGGACAGCAGGUCAGAGACCCCUACUGUGGUGAAAAUUCUCAAUUUUCUGCUGAGAAUGGAGAGAGUUGUAUGUGGCCAGCAGAUGACCAGGACUUUAGCCCAAAGCCCCAAAAAAAAAAGAAAGAUAAGAAAAAGGCAAAAAAGCAAGUAGAGACAGUAGUGGACCCUGUGCUAGAUGAAAUGCCAGUGAAAAAGAAGAAGAAAAAGAAGAAAAGUUCCAAAUAA